UGUCGAUGCGAUCGGUGAUUUUUGUCGUUACUGAAUGGUACCUUAUCUAGACCAGACGUGACAGUUUGCAAACUGGCGCGUUUGACAGCCUUAUCACGCUCCACCAGGUAUUCAGUGUAGGUUGUCCAAAGAGUGCGAGGGAAGAUAACGACAGCGCGAAUCCACUUGAUGAUUCGGAUGAUGACCCACACUAGGAAAGCAAUAACUAAAAUCGAGUAUAUCAGUCAACAGAAAUUUUCCAAAUCAUCAUUCACUCCGGCAAAGGUUACUUACAUGCUAGAACAUAUGAGAGCCAAGCAUAUCCCAUGUCCAGCCAAGGACUUUUGGCUCGAUUAGCGAGGAUAGAUUCUACCUCAACUUCUAG